AUGCUGGCCUCGAAAAUUCUCUCUUCAGCCCCCCACAUCGCCACUCAACGGGCUCUGCUUGUACUUGACCUGCAAAACGACUUUGUCAGACAACAUGGAAAUCUAUUUAUCCCCAAUACCGCAGACUUUCUAUCGUUCAUUCCGGACCUGGCUCGUCUUUUCCGCGACUCUGGAGAGGUGAUUUGGGUACAGUCCGUAUUUGAAAGGCGUCGUCCGGUAGUCAACGAAGCUCUGGGCGGAGGUACUGUUGUUUUGGAGGAUGGACCACCUGCUACCACCAACGCGCCCGCUCCAAAAAGGUCGACUAAGAAACAGCAAGCAGAGCAAGCUCAACAACAGUCUUUGUUCUCAGACGACCUUGAGGCCUUCCUCUCGGCCUCGGACAAGGCCUGCGCAGGCCGGCGAUGCUGUCUACCCAACUCCUCCGGAUUCCACUUCCCUGCCCCGAUUCUCGCCGCCAUAGAUCCCAACGAGGACACAGUCCUUGUCAAGUCAGAGUACUCGGCUUUUGAGACUCCGGGCCUGCUUCUCUCCCUUCGUUCUAGGUUCGUCACCGAGAUUUUUGUUUGUGGCUCUCUGUCCAAUGCAUCCGUGUAUGCUACCGUGGUCGAUGCCGUCCGCCACGGUCUUGCCGUCACCCUGAUUGAAGAUUGCCUGGGAUACCGGAGUUCGUUACGGCACCGCGAGGCAAUGAGGCGUAUGGCUGAUAUAAUGGGUGCCAAUGGAAUAACGAGUUCUGAACUGAUGGAUGGCCAGGACUUUACUGUUGCUUCACCUGUUCGCGAGCAAGCAGACUCGUCACUUGUUACGGGCAUCGAGGAGAAAAUAGGUACGCUUGGACUCUCCUCACCCAACCACCAAAGUGCCGACAGCCAAAGUGCCACACGCCGCUUCGAGGAGGGGGGUGCUGACGAGCCGCAAGAUAUCCUUCAAACAAGCCAGCGGCCAGUCGAUCGUCCCGAGGAGAAGGAAUUUAGAACGUCACAAGAUGGUCAGCAGCAGCCUGUGGAAUCGCCAUCAUUAUCUCGAAACCAAAAGGCACCUCUGCCUCUCGUCUGUUCCCCUGGAGACUGUAUUGCAAGCGGAGACUCCCGGAUUCUCUACGAUCUCGCUAUCCCUGCCGAUUCAUUCCAGCGACUCCGUGGCGAGGUCGACUGGCAGAAGAUGUACCACAUGUCGGGACAAGUCCCCAGGAUGGUCUCUGUUCAAGGUAAUGUGGCUCCUGAUGGAUCAAUACCAAUAUACAGACACCCGGCAGAUGAGUCCCCGCCGUUAUCUCCAUUUAGCAAGACUGUUGAUGAAAUACGGAUGGUGGUUGAGAAGCAGCUGGGCCACCCGUUAAACCACGCCCUUAUACAGUUAUAUCGGGAUGGUGAAGAUCGCAUCUCUGAACAUUCUGACAAGACCCUUGAUAUAGUCAGGGGAUCGAACAUCUGUAAUGUUAGCCUGGGAGCGUUAAGGACAAUGACACUACGCACGAAGGUUGAUGCAAAGAAAUCUACAAAUUCGCCAUCUGAGAAUGCAAGGCAAACACAACGCGUCCCUAUGCCACAUAACUCUCUUUUCAUUCUUGGGGAGAAGUCUAACAUGGAAUGGCUUCAUGGUAUCCGGCCGGACAAGAGAAUGGAGAAGGAGAAAUCCAAAGAGGAAAAGGGGUUUAACGGGGAACGGAUUUCUCUAACCUUUAGGCACAUUGGAACUUACAUCAAUCCCAAGUCAGACACAAUCUGGGGCCAGGGCGCUGUGUCAAAGGAGAAAGAGAGAGCCGGAAAAGUUGUACAUGGAGUGUCCUCUGAGACCGAGCGGAUGAUUCGUGCAUUCGGCCAGGAGAACCAUCAAUCGAACUUUGACUGGGAUAUAAAUUAUGGGCGCGGGUUCGAUGUCGUUAACUUCGUUACCACUUCCUCCGUGACAUUUGUGCCUGGGGCUUGUGACAAGGUAACAGACCUACAGGUACGCCUUGCGCUGACCGAAAACGGAAUUCGGUAUAAAAUAUCUACCGCUCAAGACUGUCCAUCGAAUGUUGAAGCUGGCACCAAGACCUUGUUGGCGAGAAGGGAACAGCCCUCUCUACUUGUUGACGCAGAUGGGCCAUCUGUUCUGACUGGACGUGUAGCAAUUCUUCAGUACAUUGCCAAAACCGCCCAUCGCCGCCUCACCGACAUGGUGCCCGACCCUGAUAUGAAAGCAGAUGGUUUGACCUUGGAGGACAGGCUCGAUGCUGCUGAUGAACUGCAUCAUGCAUGGAUUGCAUCUUCCGGUAGCAAUUUUGAGCAGGCUACAGCGAAACUAUCAACCUUCAAUUCACUAAUUUGCGGCAAGUUAUAUAUCAACGGAAAGCUAUUUGGAGUUGAUGACUGUGCUUUUUGGUCUGUGCUUAAACAAAUCAUGGAAACAAAAGACAGUGAUAAGGUUGUCGAGGAAAAAUUCCCCCUUCUCAUGGGGUACUAUUCGAGAGUCCGGAAAAGAGCCUGUGUGAAGCAGGUCAUGGAUGAAAUGCUGGUAGCUUCUGGGUAG